AUGUCAGAGUCUACUACAGUCAACUAUCCAACAGAAUUUAAAGGUUUUGCUAUCACAGACCCAAAUCAAUGGGAUCAUCCAAAAUUGACUUCAUAUCAACCAAAACACUUUGGGCCCCAUGAUAUCGACAUCGAAAUUGAAUGUUGCGGGAUCUGUGCGUCGGAAUUAUUCAGUCUGAAGAACGACUGGUCUAAUGACCCUCUAGCCUGUCUAUCAUCUAAAUAUGGGCCCAAAUCUCAAGUCGUAGGGCAUGAAAUUGUCGGCAGAAUCGUGGCAAAGGGUGAAAAAGUCACCAUGUAUAACAUUGGACAACGUGUAGGACUCGGUGCUCAAGCAUACUCAUGCCUGGAUUGUUCUCGUUGCAAGUCAAGCAAUGAACAGUACUGUCCCCAUGCCGUCGGUACUUAUUGUUCGACCUAUCAAGACGGGUACGUCUCGCAAGGUGGUUAUGCGUCUCAUGUUCGUGCCCUGGACCAUUUUUGUUUCCCAGUUCCUGAAUCUUUGGAUUCAAAACAUGUGGGUCCUUUGAUGUGUGGCGGGUUGACCGUCUUUUCUCCAAUCAAGAGAAACAUCGAAGGAAUCACAAACCCUCGUGUCGCUAUCAUCGGUAUUGGCGGUUUGGGCCAUAUGGCUAUCAUGAUUGCAAAUGCUCUCGGUGCAGACGUCACCGCUUUCUCAAGAGGGUCAUCGAAGAAAGAAGACGCGAUGAAGAUGGGUGCUCAUCAUUUCGUCGCAACAAGUGAGGACAACGACUGGAAGAAUCAAUAUGUGGACUCCUUUGAUCUGAUCUUGAAUUGCGCUUCCUCAACAAAGGCUCUACAAUUAAACGAUUUAUUACCUUGUUUGAAAGUCAAUAGAAGAUUCUUAUCCGUAGGGUUGCCUCAUAAGGAUGAAGAAUUCGAUUUGAAACCCAUCCAAUUUUUCUCAAAUGGGUGUACUAUCGGCUCUUCAAAAUUGGGUUCUCGUCAAGAAGCUAUUGAAUUGUUGUCUCUAGCGGAAAAACAUGGCUUUAAACCUUGGAUUCAAGAGAUCCCUAUCUCGGAGGCUGGCGUUCAUGAAGGGUUGACGAAAUUGGAUAGAGGCGAUGUCAAGUACAGGUUUGUUCUGACUGAGUUCCAUAAGUUCUUCAAUACAGGCAAAUAA